AUGAGUGCCCCCAAACUGCGCAAUCUCUCUUACAAAAAGGCUGUGAGGAAACAAAAGUUGCUUGAACAGAGUAUCCAGUCUGCCCAGGAGAUUGAAAAAUCCUUGAACUUAAUUCAGGACUCCCUUGAAUGCACUGACAAGCAGUUGGCAGCUUAUAUUGCUCACAAGGUGGACGCAGCUCAAAUGCCCCAGGAAGCCCAGAAAAUACAAUCAGAUUUGACAAGUCAUGCCAUCAGUUUAGAGGAAAUGAUGAAACAUAUCGAGGGAAAGGAUGCCGCCCAAAGAGUUCUUUCACAAAUUGAUAUCGCACAGAAAAAAUUGCAAGAUGUCUCCAUGAAAUUUCGUAUAUUCCAAAAACCAGCCAAUUUUGAACAGCGUUUAGAAGCAAGUAAGAUGAUUUUAGAUGAAGUAAAGAUGCACUUGCCUGCACUGGAAAUAAGGAGUGUUGAACAGGAAGUAGUCCAGUCACAACUAAGUCAUUGUGUGAAUUUGUAUAAAAGCCUGAGUGAAGUGAAAUCUGAAGUAGAAAUGGUAAUUAAAACUGGACGUCAAAUUGUACAGAAAAAGCAGACAGAAAAUCCCAAAGAGCUUGAUGAAAGAGUAACAGCUUUGAAAUUACAUUAUAACGAGUUGGGUGCAAAGGUAACAGAAAGAAAGCAACAGUUGGAGAAAUGCUUGAAAUUGUCCCGUAAGAUGAGAAAGGAAAUGAAUGUCUUGAAAGAAUGGCUGGCAGCAACAGAUAUGCAACUGACAAAGAGAUCAGCAGUUGAAGGAAUGCCUAAUAAUUUGGAUUCUGAAAUUGAGUGGGCAAAGGCAACUCAGAAAGAGAUUGAGAAACAAAAGGUUCACUUGAAGAGUGUCACAGAACUAGGAGAGUCUUUGAAAAUGGUAUUGGGUCAGAAAGAAACCCUGGUGGAAGAUAAACUGAGUCUUCUGAACAGUAACUGGAUAGCUGUUACCUCCAGAGCAGAAGAAUGGCUAAAUGUUUUGUUGGAAUACCAGAAACAUAUAGAAAACUUUAAUAAGGACGUAGAACAUAUUACAAAGUGGAUCAUUCACACAGAUGAACUUUUGGAUGAAUCUGAAAAAAAGAAACCACAACAAAAGGAAGAUAUUCUUAAGCGUUUAAAGGCUGAAAUGGACGAUAUCCGCCCAAAGGUGGACUCCACACGUGACCAAGGAGCGAAAUUGAUGGCAAACUUCGGUGAACACUGCCUGAAAAUAGUAGAACCCCAAAUCUCCGAACUCAACCGUCAAUUUGCAGCCAUUUCUCACAGAGUUAAGACUGGAAAGGCCUCCAUUCCUUUGAAGGAAUUGGAGCAGUUUAACUCAGAUAUACAAAAAUUGCUUGAACCACUGGAGGCUGAAAUUCAGCAAGGGGUGAAUCUGAAAGAGGAAGACUUCAAUAAAGAUAUGAGUGAAGACAGUGAGAGUACUGUAAAUGAUUUGUUGCAAAGAGGAGACAACUUACAACAAAGAAUCACAGAUGAGAGAAAGCAAGAGGAGAUAAAGAUAAAACAGCAGCUGUUACAGUCAAAACAUAAUGCUCUCAAGGAUUUGAGGUCUCAAAGAAGAAAAAAGGCCCUAGAAAUUUCUCACCAAUGGUAUCAGUACAAGAGGCAGGCUGAUGAUCUCCUGAGAUGCUUGGAUGAAAUUGAAAAAAAAUUAGCCAUCCUACCUGAACCCAGAGAUGAAAGGAAAAUAAAGGAAAUUGAUCGUGAAUUGCAGAAGAAGAAAGAGGAGCUGAAUGCAGUGCACAGGCAAGCUGAGGGCUUGUCUGAGAAUGGGGCCGCAAUGGCAGUGGAGCCAACUCAGAUCCAGCUUAGCAAGCGCUGGCGGGAAAUUGAGAGCAAUUUUGCUCAGUUUCGAAGACUCAACAUUGCACAAAUUCACACUCGCUGUGAAGAAACCGUAGUAGUGAUGACUGAAGAUAUACCCUUGGAUGUUCCUCACGUGCCUUCUACUUAUAUGACAGAGAUCAGUCACAUCUCAGAAGCCCUUUCAAAUGUGGAAAAACUACUAAAUGCUCCUGAACUCUGUGCUAAAGAUUUUGAAGAUCUGUUUAAGCAAGAGGAGUCUCUUAAGAAUAUAAAAGACAAUUUGCAACAAAUCUCAGGUCGGAUUGAUGUUAUUCACAAUAAGAAGACAGCAGCCUUGCCAAGUGCUACCCCAGCAGAAAGGGUGAAACUACAGGAAACAGUGUCACAGAUGGAUUUCCAGUGGGAAAAAGUUAAUAGAAUAUACAAGGAACGACAAGGGCAAUUUGAUAGAUCGUUGGAUAAGUGGCGACACUUUCAUUAUGAUAUGAAGGUAUUUAAUCAAUGGCUGAAAGAAGUCGAACAGUUUUUCAAAAAGACAAAAAAUCCUGAAAAUUGGGAACACGCUAAAUACAAAUGGUAUCUUAAGGAACUCCAGGAUGGCAUUGGGCAGCGACAAACUGUUGUCAGAACACUGAAUGCAACUGGGGCGGAAAUAAUUCAACAGUCUUCAAAAAUAGAUGCCAAUAUUCUACAAGAAAAAUUAGGAAGCUUGAGUCUGCGGUGGCAAGAGAUCUGCAAAGAGCUGGCAGAAAGGAAAAAGAGGAGUGAAGAACAGAAAAAUGUCCUGUCAGAAUUUCAAAGAGAAUUAAAUGAAUUUGUUUUGUGGUUGGAAGAAAUAGACAACAUUGUGACUACUCCACUUGUAGAUGAUCAGCAGCUAAAAGAAAAGCUCAAACAAGUCAAGUUACUGGCAGAAGAGCUGCCCUUGCGCCAGGAAAUUUUAAAACGAUUAAAUGAAACAGGAGGAACAGUACUACUAAGUACUCCAGUAAGACCAGAAGAGCGAGACAAACUAGAAAAUAAGCUCAAACAGACAAAUCUUCAGUGGAUGAAGAUCUCCAGAGCUUUACCUGAAAAACAAGAAGAACUUGAAUUUCACUUAAAAGAUUUUGAACAGCUUGAAGAGCAGCUAGAUCAUCUGUUUCUGUGGCUCUCCCCUAUUAAGAAUCAGUUGGAAAUUUAUAGCAAAUCAAGUCAACCUGGCUCAAUUGACCUAAAGGAAACAGAAAUAACAGUUCAAGCUAAACAACCGGAUGUGGAAAGGCUUUUGUCUAAAGGGCAGCAUUUGUAUAAGGAAAAAACAAGCACUCAGCCAGCAAAGAGGAAGUUAGAAGAUCUGAGGUCUGAGUGGGAAGCUGUAAACCAUUUACUUCGAGAGCUGAGGACAAAGCAGCCUGACAGUACCCCUAGACUGACCACUAUUGGAGCCUCUUCUAGUCAGACUGUUGCUCUAGUGACACAACCUGUGGUUACCAAGGAAACUGCCAUCUCCAAGUUAGAAAUGCCAUCUUCUUUGAUAUUGGAGUUACCUGCUCUGGCAGACUUCAACCAAGCGUGGACAGAACUUACAGAUUGGCUUUCUCUGCUUGAUCGAGUUAUAAAAUCACAGAGGGUAAUGGUGGGUGAUCUGGAAGACAUCAAUGAGAUGAUCAUCAAACAGAAGGCAACACUGCAAGAUUUUGAACAGAGACGCUCCCAGUUGGAAGAACUUAUUACUGCUGCCCAGAAUUUGAAAAACAAAACCAGCAAUCAAGAAGCUAGAACAGUCAUUACUGACCGAAUUGAAAGAAUUCAGAUUCAAUGGGAUGAGGUACAAGAACACCUGCAGAACCGGAGACAGCAGUUGAAUGAAAUGUUAAACGAUUCAAAACAGUGGCUAGAAGCUAAGAAUGGAGCUGAACAAGUCAUAGGACAAGCCAGAACCAAGCUUGACUCAUGGAAAGAAGGUCCUCACAUGGUAGAUGCCAUCCAAAAGAAGAUCACAGAAACCAAGCAGUUGGCCAAAGAUCUCCGUGAAUGGCAAAUAAAUAUAGAUGUGACAAAUGAUUUGGCACUGAAACUUCUUCGGGACUAUUCUGCAGAUGAUACCAGAAAAGUACACAUGAUAACAGAGAAUAUCAAUGCUUCUUGGGGAAACAUUCAUAAAAGAGUGAGUGAGCGAGAGGCUGAUUGUGAAGAAACUCAUAGAUUAAUGCAACAGUUCCCUCUGGACCUAGAGAAGUUUCUUUCCUGGAUUACAGAAGCUGAAACAACUGCCAAUGUCCUACAGGAUGCUUCCCGUAAGGAGAAGCUCCUAGAAGACUCCAAGGGAGUCAGAGAACUGAUGAAACAAUGGCAAGAUCUCCAAGGAGAAAUUGAAGUUCAUACGGACAUCUAUCACAAUCUUGAUGAAAAUGGCCAAAAAAUCCUGAGAUCACUGGAAGGUUCAGAUGAAGCACCCCUGUUACACAGACGUUUGGAUAACAUGAAUUUCAAGUGGAGUGAGCUUCGGAAAAAGUCUCUCAACAUUAGGUCACAUUUGGAAGCCAGUUCUGACCAGUGGAAGCGUUUGCAUCUUUCUCUUCAGGAACUCCUUGUGUGGCUGCAGCUGAAAGAAGAUGAGCUGAAACGGCAGGCACCUAUCGGGGGUGAUUUUCCAACAGUUCAGAAGCAGAAUGAUGUACACAGGGCCUUCAAGAGGGAAUUGAAAACUAAAGAACCUGUAAUCAUGAGUACUCUGGAGACUGUGAGAAUAUUUAUAACAGAGCAGCCUUUGGAAGGACUAGAAAAACUCUACCAGGAGCCCAGAGAGCUGCCUCCUGAAGAAAGAGCUCAGAAUGUCACUUGGCUCCUACAAAAGCAGGCUGAAGAGGUCAACACUGAAUGGGACAAAUUGAACCUGCACUCAGCUGAUUGGCAGAGAAAAAUAGAUGAGGCUCUUGAAAAACUGCAGGAACUUCAAGAAGCUGCAGAUGAACUGGACCUAAAGUUGCGCCACGCUGAGGUGAUCAAGGGAUCCUGGCAGCCAGUAGGGGAUCUCCUCAUUGACUCUCUCCAAGAUCACCUUGAAAAAGUCAAGGCACUUCGGGAAGAAAUUGCACCUCUUAAAGAGAACGUCAAUCAUAUCAAUGGCCUUGCUCACCAGCUGACCACACUGGGCAUUCAGCUAUCACCAUAUAACCUCAGUACUCUAGAAGAUCUGCAUAACAGAUGGAAGCUUCUGCAGGUGGCUGUGGAGGAUCGUGUGAGGCAGCUGCAUGAAGCCCACAGGGACUUUGGCCCAGUAUCCCAGCACUUCCUUUCCACUUCAGUCCAGGGUCCUUGGGAACGAGCCAUCUCACCAAACAAAGUGCCCUACUAUAUCAACCACGAGACUCAAACAACUUGUUGGGACCACCCCAAAAUGACAGAACUCUACCAGUCUUUAGCUGACCUGAAUAAUGUCAGGUUCUCCGCUUACAGGACGGCCAUGAAGCUCCGAAGACUGCAGAAGGCCCUUUGCUUGGAUCUCUUGAGCCUGUCAGCUGCCUGUGAUGCCUUGGACCAGCACAACCUGAAGCAAAAUGACCAACCCAUGGAUAUCCUGCAGAUCAUUAACUGUUUGACUACUGUUUAUGAUCGUCUGGAGCAAGAGCACAACAAUUUGGUCAACAUCCCUCUAUGUGUGGAUAUGUGUCUCAACUGGCUUCUUAAUGUUUAUGAUACGGGACGAACAGGGAGGAUCCGUGUCCUGUCUUUUAAAACUGGCAUCAUUUCACUGUGUAAAGCACACUUGGAAGACAAGUACAGAUACCUUUUCAAGCAAGUGGCAAGUUCAACUGGUUUUUGUGACCAGCGUAGGCUGGGUCUUCUUCUACAUGAUUCUAUUCAAAUCCCAAGACAGUUGGGUGAAGUUGCCUCCUUUGGGGGCAGUAACAUUGAGCCAAGCGUCAGGAGCUGCUUCCAAUUUGCCAAUAAUAAACCUGAGAUUGAAGCAGCCCUCUUCCUUGACUGGAUGCGCCUGGAACCUCAGUCUAUGGUAUGGCUGCCCGUCUUGCACAGAGUGGCUGCUGCAGAAACUGCCAAGCACCAGGCCAAGUGUAACAUCUGCAAGGAGUGUCCAAUCAUUGGAUUCAGGUACAGAAGUCUAAAGCACUUUAAUUAUGACAUUUGCCAAAGCUGCUUUUUUUCUGGCCGGGUUGCAAAAGGACAUAAAAUGCACUACCCCAUGGUAGAGUAUUGUACUCCGACUACAUCUGGAGAAGAUGUUCGUGACUUUGCCAAGGUACUAAAAAACAAAUUUCGAACCAAAAGGUAUUUUGCGAAGCAUCCUCGAAUGGGCUACCUGCCGGUGCAAACUGUGUUAGAAGGGGACAACAUGGAAACUCCCGUUACUCUGAUCAACUUCUGGCCAGUAGAAUCUGCGCCUGCCUCGUCCCCCCAGCUUUCACACGAUGAUACUCAUUCACGCAUUGAACAUUAUGCUAGCAGGCUAGCAGAAAUGGAAAACAGCAAUGGAUCUUAUCUAAAUGAUAGCAUCUCUCCUAAUGAGAGCAUAGAUGAUGAACAUUUGUUAAUCCAGCAUUACUGCCAAAGUUUGAACCAGGACUCCCCCAUGAGCCAGCCUCGUAGUCCUGCCCAGAUCUUGAUUUCCUUAGAGAGUGAGGAAAGAGGGGAGCUAGAGAGAAUCCUAGCAGAUCUUGAGGAAGAAAACAGGAAUCUGCAAGCAGAGUACGAUCGUCUAAAGCAGCAGCAUGAGCAUAAAGGCCUAUCCCCACUGCCGUCUCCUCCUGAGAUGAUGCCCACCUCUCCCCAGAGUCCCAGGGAUGCUGAGCUCAUUGCUGAGGCCAAGCUACUGCGUCAACACAAAGGACGCCUGGAAGCCAGGAUGCAAAUCCUGGAAGACCACAAUAAACAGCUGGAGUCACAGUUACAUAGACUGAGGCAGCUCCUGGAGCAACCCCAGGCUGAGGCCAAGGUGAAUGGUACCACGCUUUCCUCUCCUUCUACCUCUCUGCAGAGGUCAGAUAGCAGUCAGCCUAUGCUGCUCCGAGUGGUUGGCAGUCAAACUUCAGAAUCUAUGGGUGAGGAAGAUCUUCUGAGUCCUCCCCAGGACACAAGCACAGGAUUGGAAGAAGUGAUGGAGCAACUUAACAACUCCUUCCCCAGUUCAAGAAGACACAAUGUAGGAAGCCUUUUCCACAUGGCAGAUGAUUUGGGGAGAGCGAUGGAGUCCUUAGUUACAGUCAUGACAGAUGAAGAAGGAGCAGAAUAAAUGUUUUACAACUCCUGAUUCCCGCAUGGUUUUUAUAAUAUUCGUACAACAAAGAGGAUUAGACAGUAAGAGUUUACAAGAAAAAAAAAUCUAUAUUUUUGUGAAGGGUAGUGGUACUAUACUGUAGAUUUCAGUAGUUUCUAAGUCUGUUAUUGUUUUGUUAACAAUGGCAGGUUUUACACGUCUAUGCAAUUGUACAAAAAAGUUAAAAGAAAACUACAUGUAAAAUCUUGAUAGCUAAAUAACUUGCCAUUUCUUUAUAUGGAACGCAUUUUGGGUUGUUUAAAAAUUUAUAACAGUUAUAAAGAAAGAUUGUAAACUAAAGUGUGCUUUAUAAAAAAAAAGUUGUUUAUAAAAACCCCUAAACACACACACACACACACACACACACACACACACACACACACACACACACACACACACUGAGGCAGCACAUUGUUUUGCAUUACUUUGGUGUGGUAUUCAUAUGAAAUUCAUGACUUUUUUUUGUUUCUUGCAUAUUAAAGAUAGGACUUCUAACACCACCAAAUGACUGCUUCACGUUGCUCCUUUGAGAAUUGUUGACAGAAUAGGGCUGGCUGCGGGCUUUCAUUUUAUACAUCUAUAUGUCUAAAAGUAUAUAACUACUAUAGGUAUAUAGAUAAAUAGAUAGGAAAUUUCUUCUUCAAAUGUUCUUGCCACUUCCUAAUGGAAAUAAAUUGCUUUUAGUCACCCAGGCUUAUCUGCUUGGGCAAGAGUGAAUUUUCCUUGGAGCCCAAAGCCAUGAGACUAGUACUACACUAAAAUAUUGUCUAGGGCUCCAGAUGUUUCUAGUUUUAAACUUUCCACUGACAGCUAGAACACUGAUAUUUUUCUUAAAGGAACAUGUGAAUGAAUACACAGGACUUACUGUAUCAAAGUAGUCUGCUGGAUGAUAUAUUCAGCUUCCUACUACUGGCUAUGCCAUGGUUUAGAUUUAAUGAUGUUUCUGCAAAAGAACAUCAGAAGGCAUUUUUAAAUUCCAGGCAGAAGGAGGAAGAUGGGUGGGGCUGAAGGUUGUAGCUCCCCAGUCAAUUCCUAUGAGGGGAGUAGCUACUCUGUAAAAGAGUGGAUGAAUAUUCAUAACUAUACACACAAAAGUCUCUAUAAUUACAACUAAAAUUUUCUACCCUCUUCUUAAACUCAAACUGAAGUGGGUGGUUUCAUUGUUGUUGUUGUUGAUGAUGAUGAUGAUUUUUAGAUUUUAGAUUUUUGGUUUGAUUUUGGUUUUUUUCAUUGUGAUGAUUUUUUUAAUGCUGCAAGACUUAGAAUUAUUGAAAGAAAGUAACCUAAUCAUAUUGUGACCCUGUGAAUAGCAAUCCAGAAGCCCAUGAACUACAUUAUCUCCUUUGCAUUAGUUUUCCUGCAAAUAAUUCCAUACAGGAUUGUGAGUGGGAAGGCACAGCAAUUUGAAAGUUUCAUGAGCAAAGCAUCUCCAAACUUUCUGGAAUAUUUAACAGGCUGAAAUACAUAAACACAUUAAAUCACUGAAACAGAGGAGAAAAAGUGAAGAAGAAAGCUAAAGACUGGUAGGAAAAGCUUUACUUACUCUUUCACGUCAUUUUAUUACUCUGUCAUUUAAAAAUCAUUCUUUCAAUAGAAAUCACUGUUCUAUUACUUUGAAAAUCUGUUACCUCUAACAUCAAGCAUAAUGAACUUUUAGAGAGUGAGUUUUGUCCAUUAUUAAUUGUAAUUAACAUCAAAUACAGCUUUCUCAUGCUAUUUCUACCUCACUUUGGUUUUGGGGUGUUCCUAGUAAUUACGCACACCUAAUUUCACAAUUUCACUACUUGUCUGUUGUGUGGACACUAUUCUCCUUUUUUUCUUUUAUAAUUUUCAAAACAAAACCCAAAGCUCUAAGAUAACAAACUGAAUUUGGUUUAGGUCUUGCAUUUUUUUUCUCUCUCUCUUAUGUGGCACUGGACAUUUUCUUUAACCAAGGGUUUGUUUUCGCCAAGAUUUAAAACAAGGGGUUCCUUUACAUGCUACUAAGAAGUUUUAAGUUUCAUUCUAAAAUCUGAGGUAGAUAGAGUGCAUAAUUUUGUUUUAAUCUUUUUAUUUUAUCUUUUAGAUAUUAGUUCUGCAGUGAAUCUGUCAAAUAUUUGAAUAAAAACUGAGAGCUUUAUUGCUGAUUUUAAGCAUAAUUUGGACAUCAUUUCAUAUUCUUUAUAACCACAAAUAUUAAAUUGUAAAUCAUAAUCAAUGUAACUGAAGCAUAGUCAUCACAUGGCAUGUAUCAUCAUUGUUUCCAGGUACUGGAUUCAUACUUGAGUAUCAUAAUAUAUUGUGUUUUAACAUCAAAACUGUAACAUUUACUAAUUAUUUUUUUAAACUUCAGUUUUGCUGCACAACAGAUCAGACUUCACCAAAUAUAUGCCUUACUAUUGUAUUAUAUUACUGCUUUACUGUGUAUCUCAAUAAAGCACGCAGUUAUGUUUAA